AUGGCAAAACGCGUCGCUCGCUGCCUUUUCGGCGUUCCAAACCAGGAAGAGGUUACGAAGCAGAUGAAGCGAGAUCUCCAAGAGAUCUACGAUCGCGACGCGCGCAAAUACAAUUUCGAUUUUUUGCUCGGUGUUCCCAUUGACACCGGAGCUGGGGAUUUUGAAUUCGAACCGGUUUGCGCCGAAAAAAUGCCGCAAUUUUAUCGCGAAAAACGGAUUUUGAAGAAGAAGCCUGCGGAGGAAAUUGCAUCGACUUCAAAUUUGAAUUUCGGUGGCUAUGAGAAGCCGGUUACACGCAGUGCAAGCCAGGCGGCUUUGAAACAAACUAAAUUGACUAGUAAGUGUGAUUUUUGGUGGAAAAAUGGGUUUUCUGGGUUGAAAAACAUGAAAAUCACAAAAUUCGAGUCCGGGGACUAGUUUUUCACCUCAAAAACUUCGGCCAGCCUCAUUUUUCGUCAAAUUUUGAGCUCUUUUUCGACCUUUUGGUGUCUGUUGUAAAAAGAGCUAGUUAUAUAACCUAACUCUAUGAUACUCUCAUCCAAAAAGCAAAUAUAAACAAAAACAACACGUGUGUAAUGAAAUUCGAUACUUUUUAUGGCUAUCUAGACAAAAAAUUUGAAUUUUUCUCAUAAAAAACGAUAAAUCCUGCUAAUUAUACGUAUAUUUUUGUUUUUUGGCUGAUUGCGCAAUAGUCAAGAUUGAUUUCGGCACUUUUUUCGCCAAAUUGCGCAAUUUUUGAUUAAUUUUUUGAUAAGACACUAAAAAGAAGACAAAAAAUAGGUAGUAAAUAAUGUUUAUUUAGAAGGUCGCGAAAAAUGGGGACUAGAAAACCAAAUUUCACAACAAAACUAUGAUUGUGAACGUUUUUAGGCUCAAAAACCUGAAAAGUCACCCCUGGCCGAGUUUUUGAGGUUGAAAACUAGUCCCCGAAUGAAUUCGUGGCCUAGAAAACCGAAUUUCACAAGAAAACUAGUCCCCGGGUUGAAUUUUCAAGAUUUUCCGCUUCAAAUCUCGAAAAAUCAACCCUGGCCGAGUUUUUGAGGUGGAAAACUAGUCCCCCCUCAAUGAAUUCGUGGCCUAGAAAACCAAAUUCCACAAGAAAACUAUGAUUUCGAAGGUUUUCCGCUCUAAAACUUUGAAAAAUCACCAUUGGCCGAGCUUUUUUGUGGAAAACUAGUCCCCCCAACGAAUUCGUGGCCUAGAAAACCAAAAAAUUGUUCUUCCAGCCUUCAUGCCGAUUCGAAAACGCAAAAGUGAGACGAAUCUGAUGCGAGCCGAAGUCGAAAAUCUGAAAUUGAGCCAAAAACGUGGAUUUCGGUGAGUUUUUUGGCUGAAAAUGUGAUUUUUAGGUCAAAAAUCUCGAAUUUUCAGCCCCGAAACUACAGUAUCCUCACCGCCCGCCAAAAAAUCGGCGCCGCCGCGCCGAAAAUCGAUUCGAAUUGGAGCCGGCGAUUUUUUGGAAUGA